AUGGCUAAGCUGAUGGAGGGCCUUCAGGAGAAAGUUCGUCUGACCGAAGAGGACAUUGUCGAGAGUGACUCCGAGACGAUCGGACACGAGCCCGAUCCAAAUCUCUGCAACGACGUUUCCUCCUCGCCGCAAUGCUUUAUGCCACGGGUCUGUCUAGUCAUGAAGCCUGACGUCGAUGCCUGUCUCACUUCGCUGUACCUCACCUACGACGUCAGCAAGAUCCCGCCGGACAAGAGUAGCAAGUUGCUUGGGGCAAGCAGGAACGUCGGUCGUACAAGUGGUCGCUGGCGGAGCACAGCGUACUGUUAG